AUGCAUCCGAAAAACGUCUACAAGAAUGGCGUGAGCUUUGCACAAUUGGCGAAGGAGUCCCCAGGCCUUGCAAAAUGUUUGAAAGGAAGCACAUCCAUCAAUUUCCACGAUCCGGAGUCAAUUAGGCAACUAGCAAAAGCCCUGCUCAAGAAAGAGUUUAAUCUUGAAGUUGACCUCCCAGAAGACAGGUUAUGUCCAGGGGUCCCAAACAGGUUGAAUUAUAUCCUCUGGUUGAAUGAUCUUAUCUUAGACACCCAUGAAGAAAGAUCUUCUCCAGGGCCUCCCAAAGUAACAGGCAUCGACAUCGGCACCGGCGCCUCAGCAAUAUACCCUCUGUUAGGCUGCGCCCAAUUUCCGACAUGGCGGUUCUUCGCCACCGAAAUAGAUUCAAAAUCACUUUCCUCGGCCGCCAAUAAUAUCUCCCAAAACACAUUGGAAGAUAGGAUAACUCUCCUCGACGUUUCUUCUUCAUCUACAAUACUCCCAGAAGGGGAAAUAAUAUCCUACUCGCAACCCAUAGACUUCACGAUGUGUAACCCUCCCUUUUAUACCUCAAUAAACGACAUGCUAUCCUCUGCUAAAACGAAAGCAGUACCACCAUUAUCAGCAUGUACCGGUUCCACCACAGAAAUGGUUACUGAUGGUGGAGAAGUUGCGUUUGUAAAUCGUAUGGUCGAGGAGAGCUUGAAACUUAAGGAGAAGGUCAGGUGGUAUACCUCCAUGUUGGGGAAAAGAAGUAGUGUUGAAAAGGUGGUUGAGAAGUUAAAGGAGAGCGGGGUGGCGAAUUAUGUAGUUGGAGAAUUUGUACAAGGUGCGAAAACGAAAAGGUGGGCGGUUGGAUGGAGUUUUGGGGAUAGGAGGGCCGGUGAUCAUAUCUCACGACAACCGACUUCACAUUUAUUAAGGUCGCAUCUUCCAUUUCCUACAACUUUUAAGAUUCCACUGCCCAUCGACGCGGGUUUAUCAACGCUAUUGCCGCGGGUAGAGGAAUUGAUGAAGAAAUCGUGUGGGGAUUUCCCAGUUGAAAGCUUUGAGUGGAGCUCCGUUCGGUUGCCGUAUUUUGCGACAAUGUACGGUACUGUAGAGACUUUAUACUCUAAUGGGAAAGGGGAAACGAAUGGGAAUACGUGGGCAAGAGCUGCCAGACGACGCAGGAAGCAACUGGAGAAGGAGGCAGCGGAGGGGAGGAUAAGUGAAAUACCGCAAGAGCCAAAGUUUGGAUUUGCAGCGGGAAUAUUUAUCAGUUUAAGUGGCCCUGUGUCUGAAGCAGGAGUCGUGGGAAUCGGGGGCUCCAGUACCCAGGAGGAAGGGAAAAAAGGCGACGAAGACCAAGAUAUGGUAGAUGAGACGGAUGCUUGGGAUCAUGAUUUUAUCAGCCUCCCUGCUUCGUCCAUGGAGCCCGAGGCGAGUAAAGGGUCAUACAUCUUGUUACGAUGGACAAUAGGGGUGGACCAUGUCAUCUGGGAAAGUUUUUGUGGAAUGCUAAGGCGGAAACUGCUCGAAGGCCUAACUGAAAUGAAAGCGUGA